AUGGGUGAUGACUCAGUACCAUUUUUGCUGGACCAAGGAACCACUAAAACAUAUCAAAUACCUAUUAGUCAUCUGGACUACAAGUUCAUUGAAAAAUGCACAGAUGUUAAACACCUGGAAAAGAUUCUCAGGGUAUUAAGGUCUGGUGAAGAGGGAUGUUAUCCUGACCUUACGUUGUUUUGUGAAAAGCGUAUCGAGCAUUUAGAUCCAAGGAGCAGAGCUCUGAGAAGAGAUAAGCCUGCAGCCACAGCGUCUGAUUUCACAGCUGAAGAAUGGGAAACAAUUAAUGGUGAACUGAUGAGCUGGGUGACAGAAAUGAAUGAAGAUGAUAAGAAACCACAGUUCCUGAGAACAGACACACUGCAUGAAAGACAAGAUAACUUGCCUCCUAUCCGUUGUUCCAGCAGCUGUCUUCCUGCUAACCAGACAAAGAAAGAGAAGAUUUUUAUUGCUACUCGUGAAAAAGAAAAGGGCAAUGAAGCCUUUGCCAGUGGCGAUUACAUGGAAGCAGUGAUAUAUUACACUCGGAGUAUAUCAGUAAUACCCACUGCAGCUGCAUAUAAUAACAAAGCUCAAGCAGAAAUCAAACUUCAGGACUGGGAUAGAGCUUUGCAAGAUUGUGAGAAGGUACUAGAUAUGGAACCUGUCAACGUAAAAGCUCUGAUGCGCCGUGCCACUGUACACAAUCAGCUGCAGAAUUACCAGACAGCUGUAGAAGAUCUGAACAAAGUACUGUGUGUUGAACCAGAAAACACUAUAGCUAAGAAAUAUCUGCUAGAGAUUGAAAAGAAACUGAAAGGUUUAAAGCCUGUAUCUGAGACUCAAGGCAAAGGAAAAAGAAUACUUAUUCAAGAUAUAGGGGAUUCAGAUGGUGAUGAAGAAAGAGGGGAAAAUACAGAGGAACAUGAAAGAAGCGGCAGAGAUAAAAAAAUUGUCCUGCCAGUAAGAGGAGAGGCGGCGGCUGGGGAGGCUGCCAUGGGGAACGCGCAGAGAAAGUUUCAUAGCAAAGGAGGAGGCAGUAAGGCAGAGGACGGAGAGACACAGAAGCAGAAGGAAUCUACUGAGAGCAGAUUAAAAAAAGGCACAGCAGAGAAAAAAUCACAAAAGCAUUUGCCAGACCGUGAAGGGGAAGUUAAUGGCUAUUUACACAGUGACCAAAAGAGUGAAAGCCCUGAAGCUGAAGCUAAGAAGGUCUCCAGAUGGCACGGAGCAGGGUCUCAGUCGGCUGGUGGUGGCCGUUCUACUUCACUUCCUCCUACUGCAGCAAAACUAAAAAGUGAAGGAAACGAGUUAUUUAAGAGUGGACAGUUUGGAGAAGCCGUGCUCAAAUACUCGGAAGCAAUUGAAUAUGUCAUUGGUCUAGGAGAACAAAGUCCAGAUGAUUUAAGUAUCUUGUACUCAAACAGAGCUGCGUGUUACCUCAAAGAAGGGAAUUGCGCUGACUGCAUUGAGGACUGUAACAGAGCUCUGGAGCUUCAGCCAUUUUCCCUUAAGCCUCUUCUACGACGAGCAAUGGCAAAUGAGUCUAUGGAGCGGUAUCGACAGGCAUACGUUGAUUAUAAAACAGUCCUACAAAUAGACAGCAGCAUCCAAGCAGCAAAUGAUAGUGCUAAUAGGAUAACAAAGACUUUAAUUGAUCAAGAUGGUCCCAGUUGGAGGGAGAAACUGCCACCAAUUCCAGUUGUCCCAGUUGCUGCUCAGCUACACAGGUGGGAUGGAGGAAACUUUACUUCAGAGAAUAAGCCAAGAAGUACUACAGAUGAGAAGUUCAAGACAUUAAAAAAUGAAGGGAAUGAUUUUGUAAAAAAGGGUAAAUAUGAAGAAGCUGUAAAUAAAUACAGUGAAUGCAUGAAGUUAAAUAACGAGGAAUGUACGAUCUACACUAACAGAGCUCUCUGUUACUUGAAACUGUAUAAAUAUGAAGAGGCUAAGCAGGAUUGUGAUCAUGUUCUUCAGAUAGAAGAUUCUAAUAUUAAAGCUUUUUAUAGAAGAGCACUAGCGUACAAAGGAUUACAGAAUUAUCAAGCCAGUGUUGAUGAUUUCAACAGAGUACUUCUAAUAGAUCCAAAUGUUCUUGAAGCAAAAAAGGAACUAGAGGAGGUAACCCAACUGCUUAACCUUGACAGCAGUGCUGUAGCUGGCAGUCAACAAAAGCAAAGGAAGAAAAUAACCAUACAAGAGGUGGCUGAAUGUGAUGAACAGGAAGAGAGACAGUUUGCUACAUCAGAAGAUGUUGUGACUGAUCAUGUUACUUCUGAGGAAGCAGUUCAAAAGAGUGUGCGACUGAAGACCUCUAAGAAACUGCAUAUUUCUGAACCAUCUAAUGCUUACGACUUUGGUCAGAUUAUAAACGCAGUGAAUAGCAAUAAGGAUAAAGCUGCUUGUGCAGAUCUUUUAACAAUUACUGAUCCAAAAAAAUUGCCAGUGCUGCUGAGUAACAAACUUGAAGGAGAAAUGUUUUUGAUUUUUAUCCAGUCGUUGGAGUGUUAUAUAGUUGGAAAAGAUCCUGGCCUUGUAUAUCAGCACCUUUUCUACUUGAGCAAAGUAGAAAGAUUUAAGGUGGUGCUGGCCCUUCUUAGCAAAAAUGAAAAAAACCAGGUUCAGCAACUAUUUGACUUGCUUUCAGAAAACCAGAAUAAUCAGUACUCUUUGGAAGACCUUGAGAGCCUUAAAAAGGUUUAUGAACUUUAA